AGCGCCAGUCUCGAGGAGAGGCGAAGAGCACCGCUUUCUGCUGUUUCCCACGCUGUUCCGAGUGUCCUUGUACAUCUCGCCAAGAGAAAAAGAAUGGAUGCCUCCUCCCCUCUCCGCGCUACGUACACCCUACGUGCAGAGAAGUUGCGGUCACUCACGACCUGCGACACGGCUCUGUCCACCUCACCGCAGCCAGCUGUUAUUGCGAUUUGCGGCAGCUUCAACCCGAUCCACAACGCCCACUUUAAGCUCUACCGCGCGGCAAAGACGGCCCUCGAGGCACACGGCACGUACACCGUACUGGGUGGCUUCUUCUCUCCGGUGAGCGACGCGUAUGGCAAAUCGGGCCUGAAGAGCGCUGCCCAGCGAGUGCGCAUCGCUGACGACGCGGUGCGCGACCACGCCGAGCUGAAUGUGGACGCGUGGGAGUGUCUGCAGCCCACCUACACCCGUACCCUUUACGUGCUGCAGCAGCUGGAGAUGCACGUGAAUGCGUGGUACGCCCAACACGAGGCCAACGCGGUGGCCCAACUGACGGCGCACGGUCGCCGCGUGCGCGUCGUGUUUGUCUGCGGUGCGGAUUUGUUUUCUUCAUUUUGGCGGCCCGGCUGCUGGCCGCUGGGUUUGCUAAAGCAGCUGUUGGAUGCCUUUCCACUGGUCGUCGUCUACCGCGACUCGGAGGGCGAGGUGAGGUGCGCGGAGGACUUUGAGCGUGUGUGCCGCACCGCACCGGUCCUCACCGAAACGGCGGCGGAUGGCACCACGGCGGAGCUGAACAUCGGCGCCUACAAGUUCACCUUUGCGCAGUUUGAACAGCCGGACAGCACUUCAUCAACAGCCGUGCGAGAAGUCGCGGCGGCGAUGGCGAAGGCGAGGUCCGGCGAUGCGGCUGCUUUGGAUAAGUUACGCGGCGAGCUGGCGUCCAUGGUGCCUGCGAAUGCCGUCUCUUCGAUUGAGGAGUGCUAUGGUGGUGGCUGA